GAUCUCCCCUAUCAUCCUCUGUUGCUUGCAUCGUCAUUUCAGAGUUCAGACAUCUCACUCUCUGUCUCACAGAGAAAGUACAGUACUUGAACAGUAGUCGUUUCUAUCUUUCCACAGCUCCAUUGCCUUCACCGUUGAGUCGUGUAAGAUUAUUAGAGAGUGAGAGACCCUCUGACUCUAAUCACUCUUCUCUAAUCACACUAGUUUCUUGUCUAAAAAUAGGUGAAAAGAAAGCCUUUUUUGGUUCUUUGAAAAAUGGUGCCGUGGAGACCUGGCAUGAACAGAAGUUUGAACAGAGAGAAUCCAAAUACUUUAGUUGUGAUUAUUGCAGGCCAGCAGAUAAUGAGACGGAGUGAGGACAAAGGAGAUCAGAGACGGGGGGAAGGGAUGGGCCCUCUAAAGACUGCAGCAGAAAUCAGUGGCACUGCUGCCCCAAAGAUUAAUGUCUCUCUCUCUCUCUCUCUGUUUUUGCUCGAGUGGCUAUAUUCGUUCACUCUGCACACCAUUUUUAUUCGUCUCCACCAAGCUCUCUGCAAAGGCCUUUUUUCGCUUGUUGGCGCACUCUCUAAGUCUUCCUCUUGGUGGAUUCUGUGAAGUUAGUAUUCUUUAUUUUCCAGACCCAUUUGUGCACAGAAAUAGAAAAAGAGAAAGAUCGAGGGUCAUGAUGGGGUCCGAGUUGCUGAGACUCUAAAUUUUAGGUUCUUGGGUUUUGGGUUCUUGAAGGAAAUUCUACUUUGUUCAUGCAAAGAAAGCAACCCACUUUUUGUAUUGGCUCAUGAAGUUCUUGUGGUUUGAGAAGAAAAUGUGAAAAGAGAAACCAGCGCUGUCGAGUGAACCUUGCACUGCCGUAGCUUGUUUUGGUUUUCAUAAGGAAAACUGCACGCAGCAGCAAACAGUUUCAUAUACAACUUUAUCUUUGAGAUUUGGAAGAUCUCUGUGAUCUAAGUUGGGGAAAUCCUAAGAACCUGCAUGAGUACUAUUGUCACCAGUGUUUUGCUUUCUGGGAGGUUUGGUGGAGAAAGCUGCAGUCUUCGUGAGCGUUUUGUUGUGCGUGCUAGCUCCUCUGCAUAUGAAUGGGAGGUUAAUAUUACUUGGCAGAAAACGUUGAAAGCAUGAAGAAAAAAGGCAUUAAUAUGUUCUGAUCUCCUCUGGUUUUUAGUAAGAAGAUUUCCUGGGAGAGUCAGAAUGGUGCUCUUGAAAUAAAGCUGGCCUAGCAUUCAUUUGAAGCACAAGAACCCAGUUAUGCAGCACUUAGUCAUUGUUUAUACCUGAUGCCAAGCAAUUUUUGGUAUAUCAUACGAUGGAGAAUAAUUUGGGUAGAGUUCCGAUGGGUAUGGGCAGCCAAAGUCCUGUUGACAUAGAUGGAUUUGCACCGUGUACAACAACAAAUGCACUUACACAACCUGAGUCAUUUGACCUUAAUAACCAAAACCAUGUCAUGGCUGGUUUCCCAGUGCUUUCAGCAUUGCAAGGUGAACCUAUUAACGGUCUCCAUGCUAAUCUUCACAUCCCAAAUGGUGUGUGCAUUGCUGAAUCGAAUGCAUUGCUUACAUUGCUAGGAAGACAUGUUGUGAGGGAUGCCACACCUUGCAGUCCACGCCUCACUGAUAACUCUGGGUUUCCAGACCAAGCAGCUGGAGGAACGAUUAUUUCUACUGCUUCACAUGCUACAUUUCUACCUGCAAGAAGUGGUCUUCAAGAAAAUUUUAACAAUUUAGCAUUUUCAGCAGCUUCAAUCUGUCCUGUGGAAGUUUUACCAACUUAUGAUUCAAAUGGCAAUUCUAACGCCUUGUUUGCAACUUCUGUGAAAUGCGGAUACGAUAAUGUACUUGGUAGUAUGAACACCAAGUGGGAUACCAAGUACCCCGCUCCACUGGAGCUUGAUGGGAAAUCCCCUGUAAGAGCAGAGCUUCAGCCCUAUCCAUCUGCAGUAAAUUUGGUUCCAGAUGGAUGGAUGUCAUCAAAUCGUGGGCAUGUUUCUGCAAAUCAUUCGUACAGUCCAUCCAAUUUUAAUAAUGAGCUCUCUCUAACUCUUGCUACAUCUGAGCCUUCUAUUCUCAGGGAGAUUAAUAUCCCGGAUCGGCCCUCAGAAAUGGGCAUGUCUGAUGUAACUCGCCAUUGCUUGAAUAAAAAAAGGUUAAGAUCUCAGCCAAUGUCUUGCAACAGUACGGAGAUUUCCUUAAAUUUUGGUUCUUACAAUCCGCCUCAAUUCUCUCAAGGGGUAUUAGGAUCUAGAUAUCUUCAUGUAAUUAAACAGAUAUUUGCACAGAUUGCAAAAUAUUCUCUAGAAAAUCUAGAUCAUUCGAGUUAUCCAACAGCUCCAUUCUCUUCAAAUUUCGCCGCUGAAAGAUGGAUGCCGUCAAUGUUUCCUGACGUGGAUGGUGGAUUUGAGCUUCAAAUGGAGUCCACAUUGCGAAUAUGGACAGUUGAAGCAAAGAAAAACCAUCUGCUGACUCUGCUACAGGUGGUUGAUGACCGUUGCAACCAAUGUAUGGAUGAGAUCCAUACUGUGAUAUCUGCAUUUCAUGCUGCUACUGAGUUGGACCCUCAGAUAGAUGCUCGGUUUGCCCUGCAAACAAUCUCUUUCUUUUACAAAAACUUGAGAGAGAGGAUUAGCAACCACAUCCUUGCAAUGGGAGCACAUUUUAACAGCACAUGCAAGAAAGAGAAGGAAAGAUCUUUUGAAACUUCUUUCAUCCAAAAGCAAUGGGCUCUCCAGCAACUAAAAACUAAAGAUCAUCAUAUAUGGAGACCCCAACGAGGCUUGCCUGAAAGAUCUGUCUCAAUUUUACGGGCAUGGAUGUUUCAGAACUUUCUUCAUCCGUAUCCUAAAGACGCAGAGAAGCAUUUACUUGCAGUAAAAAGUGGAUUGACUAGAAGCCAGGUAUCCAAUUGGUUUAUAAAUGCUCGGGUUCGUCUGUGGAAACCAAUGAUUGAAGAAAUGUAUGCCGAGAUGAAUAGAAGAAAGGGGCGACGGGUUGAGGAAGGAGCCCAAAGCAAUCACAGAAGCCACAUCAUAAGUAUCAGCAACCGUAGAUCUAAUGUGAAUUGAAGCUGAAGGAAGAAAGGUGAAAGAAGCUCCGGGGCAAUGCAAGAGGGACUCAAGGGGCUCCUUGGGCUGACACUUACUUGAGAUGGCCUGU